CCACACCCCUUCGUCUCUCACACCCUCCUUGUCUGACAAAUUUCAAUCUCUUCAGCUGUGUCCCAACCCGAGCUCAAUCCUCAAUCUACUUCGCCUGGGUUUCCCAUUCAAGUUCUUACCUUCACUCUCUGGCUUUCCUGGGGACAGUUUUCGGUUUUCGCAAGAUUCAAUUUUGAAAUCUGGCUUCUGGGUGUGAAAUUUGAAGGCUGGUUUUUCAGUUUCAUUUGCUGGGUUUUCAAAUUUGGGGAAAAUUUCGGGUUUUUGGGGAUUCAGUUUUGAAAUUCAGCUUCUGGAGGUGUGAUUGAUUUUGAAAGAAGAGAGGAUAUAUGCGAUAAUGCCCGCGACGGACUAUCAAAACUCGUCGUCUCCAUUGUCGUUCACUCAUAUUGGUCGUUCGCUUCUGAGUCUCCGGCGUGAUCACCAGGUUCACUCCAUGGAAGGGUCUACGACGCCGAACUUCCAAAACGGCAGCUUGGACAACGAUCUUGAGUCGUUUCAGAGACUGGUCACUGAACUGUUUCACGACCUCGCUUCUGUAAGCCAGGACGAUUUGCUUUCCCUUUCGUGGGUCUCGAAGCUUCUUGACUCCUUCCUCUGUUGCCACGAGAACUUCAGAAUGGUUCUUCACAGCCAUGGAGCUCAGGUGUUCAAAUCGCCGACGGAUCGAAUGGUGACAGAUUACUUCGAACGGAGCGUGAAGGCCUUGGAUGUGUGUAAUGCGAUUCGCGAUGGGAUUGAGCAGAUUCGUCAAUGGCAGAGGCUUCUUGAGAUUGUGGUUUGUGCACUGGACCGUGAAAGAACCGUGGGAGAAGCUCAAUUUCGUCGUGCCAAGAAAGCGCUUAUUGAUUUAGCAAUCGGGAUGCUGGAUGAUAAGGAUUCUAAUUCCAGUACGGGCUCGUCUCUUGCACAUCGAAACCGAUCCUUUGGUCGAAGCAGAGACACAACUCAUCAUCAUCAUUCUCACAACCAUCAUUUUCGAUCACUUUCGUGGAGCGUUUCUCGUACUUGGUCGGCUGCGAGGCAGCUUCAAGCGAUCGGGAACAAUCUUAGCCCUCCCAAAGCGAAUGAUCUCGCUGCCUCCUACGGCCUAGCACAGCCUGUAUACACCAUGAACGCCGUUCUUCUCUUUGUGAUGUGGGCUCUCGUGGCUGCAAUUCCGUGUCAGGAUCGAGGGCUUCAGGUUCAUUUCAGUGUUCCCAGGCAUUUCUCAUGGGCAGGUCCGAUGUUGUUCCUUCAUGAGAGGAUCACGGAAGAGUCUAAGAAGAGGGAGAGGAAAAAUGCUUGUGGAUUGCUGAAGGAGAUUCAUCAGAUUGAGAAGUGUGCCAGAGUGAUGAAUGAAUUGUCUGAUUCUGUCCAAUUUCCAUUAACGAAGAAGAAAGAAGAGGAGGUUAGGCAGAGGGUGAAGGAGGUCUCAGAGGUCUGUGAAGCUCUGAAAAAUGGAUUAGAUCCAUUGGAGCGACUAGUUAGAGAAGUGUUUCAUAGAAUUGUGCGAAGCAGAACAGAGGGACUUGACUCUCUUGGUAGGCCUAAUUUUGCCGAAUAAUCUGCGUAUGGAGAAGCAAGCAAGGGAUGAUGUAGAGAAGUUUAGGGUAUGUGAAGAAGAUAGACCUCUGUGAUCUAUAUGUUUUUCUCUUUCUUUUUCUUUUUUCCCUUUGUGAUGUUGCCAUUGUAUAACCUAUUUUCUGGGCAAGUUGAUAAUGCAUCGCUCAUUGCAGCUGAUUUUGUUCAUGAAUUUUUGGUACACACACACACACACACUUACCGUUGUGUUGGAAGAGCUGAUUUGUUGUAAAAUCUUGUAAUCUUCCUCCAGGAUUUUGUGUUGGGUUUCAUGUAAUCAUACAAAGAUCCUGGUAUUUGGAUAUAACAGUUGACCUUAAAUGUAUUAUAAAACUUAUAAACACUUUUUACACU